GUUUUGCAGAAAUUCCACUUCUAUGUUGGUAAUUUGCACUUACUUUCAAAUAUGAAAAAGCUAGUUACUAAGAUUCCAAUGAAGGUGCUACGGAUAUAUUAGGAGAAAUAUUUGCUUGACUUGUCGAUACCAUUGAAGAGUUGUGUUUGAUCAAAGGGAAAUAAGAAUGGAGAAUAAGAAGCCAGUAAUGCAGCAUUCGAAUUCUCAUUUAUCAGCUUCUUCGUCCUCUGAUUCAUCUCUAGAACUAAGUACACAUCCAAAGGAGUCUCUUGGAGAUAUAUAUACCAAGCCUGAAGAAGAUGCUCCGAGUCCAGCAGCCUCGUCUAUUCCUGAUGUUUCUUCUCAGACGCCUCAAUGGAGCAUGAUGAGUUCAUCUCCGCGUGCUGAAACAGGAAAUCCGUUAUCUCCUGAUGCUUUUCCUCAGAAUGUUGAGCCAAUGAAAUCCCCUCCUUUACAUACUAUGGAUCAACCUCCAGGUUAUGAUCCUAAUCGUAUUCCAAAAUCCAUUUUUUCGAGCAAACCUACCACUACGGAAUGGAGUACUGCUUCAAACGAGUCGUUAUUUAGCAUUCAGAUGGGAGCCAAUAAUUUCUCUACAGAUUAUUCUUACAUGCUACCUAAAUCAGGAGAAAUCCCUGAGGAAUGGGAAAAUUCAACAGCCAAUCCAUAUUACACGUCUGAAGUUAAAUACAAUGAAAGUAAGAGCUUAAAUUCCCCUCUUCCCCCACUUAUCGAAGUUAGUAGAGAUAAUGAUGAAAAAGUUGGAAGAGCUUUGGAAGGUCCCGGUAUACAAGAGAAGAAUGUCGAGAACCUCAAAGUGGUACCAGAGGAAAUAACUGUGAAUAAUAUCAAACAAAAAACAACUACUAAUAUCAUUGAAGAGCCUACUGCUACCACCUCCAACAGGCCUGAUGAUAGAGUGGCUCCUCCAAUUGAGGAAACUCGUAUUUCAUCACCUGCUCAUGCUUCUUCACCUUGCUACUCCGAGGCGAGUGGAAACAGCAGCAAAUCCUUUGUUUUCCCAGUACUAGUAAAUGAUGGUGGGAAAAGCAACUCGCUGAAAGGUGCAUCUGAGAAAGUAGAAAAAUCUCAACCUCGACCUCAACCAGAGUUCCAACCUGAAAAACAGCCACAACAAAAACAAUCAGAAUCACAGCCUAAAGUAGCAGCGAAAACUUGGUGUUCAUGUUUCACUUGUUGGCCUCGCUGUUGUUGAUAUAUAUAUGUUUCUCUGUAGUGUCCGGUAUGCAAUGACAAGAAUGACUAAAUUAUCAAUGACACUUCUUUUCUGAAUUGAGGGGGAACUGGAAAUUAGGACUGUCUUCGUGGUGAAUCUUGAAUUUUCUUUCGGCACCAACUCCAAUCCAAGCCAGUUGACGUUCCAUCAAAGACUCGAUCAAGUAUGCUUUUUGACCUCGUCAAGGGGAAUCAAGCCCCCUAAACUCCAAGGAAGUGGCUCGGGUCAUUUGGGCAUAUCAUCAAUUUCAUAUGGGGGACGAAAUCCUCUUCUGCAAGCAGAUGGAGCAAUACCAGAACUUUGCUACUUGAAUCUCUCGUUAUUAUAAGUUGUCAUUGCACCUGGCAUUAGUAGUUUUUAUCUUGUAUGGUCGCCACUGUAACUCUCAAAGCUCGGAGAUAAUAACAACUUUUUCUGUUUUAACUUUUGUCCAUCAUUGCUUACAUUCAGCAUUUAUACAUGUAACUGGUGGAUUAUAGCAUACACAGAUGCUCUACUUGGACACACUUUA